AUCGCAGUACGCUUCCUUCUGACAGCUCUCUCGAGAACGAAUCAUUUGUUUUGACUUACUCUCAAAGAUUUUCUAAAUUACCUGAUGAUGUUAAUGAGAAAGGAAACGAGUUGAAAUAUAAUGUAGAUUCUGGGACAAAAUCUCAACAAUGCGAUAAAGUCAAGGAGUGGAGAAAUACACGAAAUUUGUCCCUAGAUAUUAAAAAAAAUGAAAGAACAUCAAAGGAAAUGUCUCAACUAUCCGACACAGAAAACACUUCACCAGCAAUUGGACCAAAAGAAGCCAGCUCGCUUGUUGAAGAGAGCUAUGACAUACCUCGCUCUCACCAACUUCCAUAUUAUAACAUAGAUCAGAUGUUUAAGGAAAAUCAGUUGGAUUCAAAAGUAAAAUCAUCAAAAUGCACAAUGCUAUUGUCAUCUACAGUUGAAGAUACUAAAUCAGAAUAUAAAAUAAUUUUGAGUAAACAUUUCUAUACAAACGCAGCUCCUAAAAAUGUUGAAGGAAAUGUUUUCCGUUAUGAUUUUGUAGAUCAU